AUGAGAGGUGGGCCUCACGCUUGCGCAGCCUCCUACCGGCUUGCCGUUCCGACCCUGGACAACCCCGCUUGGCUCGUUGAUUGGAGAGGACCGACGUCCUUCAGAGUCACGCGGCGGGACACCGAGAGGCGAAGCGAGGAGAGCGCGACUUUCCUCCCCAGGACGGCCGGAAUUCUCCCGCCCGAGCGCCGCAGCCGCCGCGGGGCGGGGUUUCGCGCGCUCCCGGGGAACGCCGGGAAGGGGUCACUUCCGGACGAAGGUUGCAGUUCCGCCGUUGGCGGCGCCGCCGGUUGUCCCGGCUUCGGAGCUCGCAGUCCUGCAGGGCGGGCGUGCGGAGAGGCCGGGGCCGUGAGCAGGCCUGUUCCAGGCUUGGUGAGCGUCCGCGUUUCUGGAGGGCCGCGGCCGAAGGCAGUCCGUCGGGGGACGGGGUCGGCUGGCGCUCUGCACCCGGCCUGCCCGGGGUUCCUGAGCGCGGGCCGAGUCUUACUCCAGACUCUCUUCACGACUGAGGAGAGGGAAUGUAUCCUGUUGGAGGCCAGAAAGAACGUCCCUGGUGACGACGGGCGCCCAACCCAACUCCAGAACGUUAUAGAUGACGGGUUCCCCCUGAUCAGACCCAACUGGGACUUCAACACCCCUGACGGUAGGGAGCAUCUCCGAAUCUAUCGCCAGGCUCUGGUGGCUGGUCUCCGCGGGGCUGCAAGACGCCCUACCAAUUUGGCCAAGGUGGAGGGGAAACCCAUCCGGUUCCUAGUGGACACUGGCACCCAACACUCGGUCCUACUGAAACCAGAAGGACCCCUUUCUAACAAGAAAUCAUGGGUGCUCGGGGCUACCGGAAAUCAACAAUUUUCAUGGACUACCUGAAGAACGGUGGACCUAGGCGUGGGCCGGGUAUCCCACUCGUUCCUCGUGAUUCCAGGCUGCCCCGCUCCCUUAUUGGGACGGGACUUAUUAACAAAAAUAGGAGCCCAAAUUACCUUCACAAAGAAGGGCCCCCAAGUAACUGACCAACAUGGGGAAAUUAUCCAUGUUCUAACCAUGAAACUAGAAGAUGAACAUAGGCUAUUUGAAAGGCCUCAGACCAAUGCAGACAUUGGCAAAUGGCUCACCAAAGUCCCGGGAGCAUGGGCCGAGACUGCCGGGAUGGGAUUGGCCACCCAUCCACCACCAAUAAUUGUUGAUCUAAAGGCUUCCGCAACACCUGUCUCAGUACGUCAAUACCCCAUGAGUCAGGAGGCCAGAGAAGGAAUAAAACCUCACAUAAUGAGGCUCUUAGAAUUAGGAGUCCUAAGAAGGUGCCAAUCUCCCUGGAAUACCCCUUUGCUACCAGUGCGCAAGCCAAAUACCAAUGACUAUCGCCCAGUUCAGGACUUAAGGGAGGUUAAUAAGAGGGUUGAAGACCUACACCCAACCGUGCCUAACCCCUAUAACCUCCUGAGUUCACUACCUCCGGACCGAGACUGGUACACAGUCUUGGACCUAAAAGAUGCUUUUUUCUGUCUGCCACUGCAUGAAAAAAGUCAACUUAUCUUUGCCUUUGAAUGGAAGGACCUAGACUCCGGAAUCUCCGGACAGCUGACUUGGACUAGGUUGCCUCAAGGAUUCAAAAAUUCACCCACCAUCUUUGACGAGGCACUUCACCAGGACCUGGCCUCCUUCCGAACCUCAAACCCACAGGUAACUCUCCUCCAAUACGUUGACGACUUACUCCUUGCGGCUGGAACCCAAACUGAAUGUGAACAGGGGACAAAGGCACUAUUAGAGGAGCUGGCCCGCCUGGGUUACCGCGCCUCGGCGAAGAAAGUCCAACUCUGCAAAAAGCAAGUAACCUACUUGGGGUAUUCCCUGAAAGGAGGGCGGAGAUGGCUAUCGGAAGCACGUAAACAGGCUGUGGAACAGAUCCCAGUGCCUGCAAAUGCCAAACAAGUAUGGGAAUUCCUGGAAUCUGCAGGAUUUUGUAGACUGUGGAUACCGGGGUUCGCCGCCCUGGCGGCCCCCCUUUACCCCUUGACCAAGACGUCUGCAGUUUUCCAAUGGGGAGAGGAACAACAACAGGCUUUUGACGACAUCAAGCGUGCCCUCUUAAAGGCACCCGCUCUCUCCCUUCCCGACACCUCCAAGCCAUUCUACUUGUAUAUACAUGAGCAGAAAGGCAUUGCAAAAGGGGUACUGACCCAGAAACUAGGGCCCUGGCGAAAGCCAGUGGCCUAUUUAUCAAAAAAGUUGGAUCCUGUGGCCGCUGGGUGGCCCCCUUGCCUUAAGAUUAUUGCCGCCGUGGCUUUACUUUUGAAGGAUGCUGAUAAAUUACCUCUGGGGCAGACUGUCACAGUCAUUGCAUCCCAUGCACUGGAGAGUGUCAUCCGCCAGCCUCCAGACCGAUGGCUCUCAAACGCCCGAGUCACCCACUACCAGAGUCUCCUUCUUAACCCGGAUAGAGUCAAGUUUGCACCCCCUACUCAACUAAACCCGGCUACCCUCUGGCCAGACCCCGACUCCACAGUAAUCCACAGCUGUGGGGACAUCUUGGCUGAGGUUACCGGAACGAGACCUGAUCUGACGGACCAGCCACUACCGGACGCCAAGGUAACCUGGUUCACUGAUGGCAGUAGCUACCUCCUCGAAGGUAAGCGGAUGGCGGGGGCGGCAAUUGUUGACGGAGACAGGGUGAUUUGGGCUAUCAAACUGCCUGAAGGGACUUCAGCCCAGAAGGCCGAACUAAUUGCAUUAACCCAGGCCCUAAAUAUGGCAGAGGGAAAAAAAGCUACCAUAUAUACAGACAGCCGGUAUGCUUUUGCAACUGCACAUGUACACGGUGCCAUAUACCAACAGAGAGGAUUAUUAACCUCUGCAGGAAAAGAAAUCAAAAACAAACAAGAAAUUUUAGAUUUACUCGAUGCCCUGCAUCGGCCGGCCAAGCUGGCCAUAGUCCAUUGUCCGGGGCACCAGAAAGGAAACUCUCUAGUGGCAAGAGGAAACAGGAUGGCUGAUGUAGAGGCCAAAAAGGCUGCUCAAGGAGCGUGUCUGCUCCCCUUAGUUGAAAAAGAAACUGGCCUCCCAAAGUUACAGCCUUCAGAAUAUACUGAACAGGACCUAGAAGAUAUGACUAGGAUACAAAAGAAAUUUAAUAAGGACACUCAAAGAUGGGAGACAGAAGAAGGAAAACAUAUCCUACCUAGACAACAAGCAGAAUCCACUCUGCAACAGCUGCAUAGGCUAACUCAUUUUGGAGCUAGAAAAUUAAUAGAAACCCUCAAAAAGACUGACUAUCACAUAAUAGGACUCAAAGAAAUGGCUGAGAAGCUGGUAAAACAAUGCAUCCCAUGUCAAAAAGUAAAUGCCCAGACCUCCCAGACGGACCCUGGAAAGAGACUUCGCGGAGAUCGACCAGGCUUAUAUUGGGAGACUGAUUUCACUGAGCUGAAGCCUGCUCGCUACGGGAAUAAAUAUCUUCUAGUUUUUAUAGACACAUUCUCUGGAUGGGUGGAAGCCUAUCCCACUAAGAAAGAGACUGCCACAAUGGUAACCAAAAAACUUUUAGAAGAAAUCAUCCCCAGAUAUGGGGUACCUCAGGUAAUAGGCUCAGACAACGGUCCUGCCUUUGUUGCCCAGGUAAGUCAGGAGGUGGCCAGAACUUUGGGGAUCAAUUGGAAAUUACAUUGUGCUUAUAGACCCCAGAGCUCAGGACAGGUAGAAAGAAUGAAUAGAACAUUAAAAGAGACCAUAACUAAAUUGUCCUUAGAGACUGGCUGUACAGAUUGGGUGAUGCUCCUUCCGUGGGCCCUCUUCCGAGUUCGCAACACCCCUUACAAGUUUAACCUAACUCCUUUUGAGAUUUUAUUUGGUGUCCCGACCCCACUUAAUAAGUUGUUAAUGCAGAACCCAGAUAUAAUUUCUUCCUCUGAUCUGAACCACAGGCUCCAGGCGCUAUAUAUCCUCCAAAAGGACUUAUGGCCAAAACUGAAGGAGAGCUAUCUGCCUGCUAAGGACCCAGCCCCGCAUUCAUACCAGCCAGGGGACUCAGUCUACGUGAGGCGACACCGACCCUCAAACCUCGAACCUCGUUGGAAAGGGCCCUUCACGGUACUCCUGACGUCACCCACCGCCGUGAAGGUAGACGGGAUAGCUGUCUGGAUCCACGCAUCCCACGUGAAACCAGCUCCAUCACCUGACCCCCGCUGGCAGCUGACAAAGACUGAUAACCCCCUUAAACUGCGUCUUCGCCGUGUCUCUGUCAGCCGCGAUGAAGUUUCUUAAGGUUUGGACGUUGUUAAUUAUAUUGUUGCCUUGUUCUCUAUCCUCUUCACCCUAUCAACUUUACAAUUAUACCUGGCAAAUCAUUAACCAAGCAGGAGAUGUAGCUAACUCCACAUCUCAACUAUCAACGUCUACUCCCUGGCCCCCUCUCGAGGUAGACCUGUGUGCCCUUGCACUAGGAGCCGACCCACAGUGGGGCACCCCCGACCAUUUUUGGCCACAAAACAAGCCUAUAAAUACUGGAAAUCGAUACCUUCCCCAGUAUGGGUGUGGCAACACGGUUGACAGAACCCUUCUCAAUACGGCCCCAAUUUAUGUCUGCCCCGGACCCUCCCAUAGACCAAGAACAUCAAAUUACUGCGGUUAUUAUAACGAUUAUUUUUGUGCCUCCUGGGGAUGUGAAACUACUGGAGAUGGGUCCUGGCGCCCCUACUCUUCAUGGGACUAUAUUACAAUAAAAAGAAAAAGCCCCAUAGAAGAAAAAGACUUAGCGCACCACGUCGUAGGGGGACAACUUAUAGUACUUCCCCAGGAGAGAUGUAAUAACUGGUGUAACCCCAUCCUGAUAUCUUUUACAGAAAAAGGAAAAAGGGCAAAAUGGGAAAAUAAUAGAGGACUUGAGUGGGGCCUUCGCUUGUACGUGUCAGGGAAGGACAUCGGCCUAACUUUUAAGAUUAAGCUAACCAAAACUCUCCCAGAUUCCCAAAAAGCCAGUAUAGGCCCCAACCCUGUACUCCAUAACCCACAAUCCCCAGCUCAACCUGAACCACCCCAGCAAUCACUCCCCUCUACUUCCCCAACUGCAGCUGCCUCCACCUUUUUCAGACCCACAGUUCCCCCAAGGUCCCCUUCCUCUGCCGAUCUCAUCCUAACUCUGAUCAAUUCCUCUAUUCAGGUCUUUAAUUCUGUCAACCACGCUCUGGGGGAAUGUUGGAUUUGUUACUCUUCCAGCCCCCCCUUCUAUGAAGGACUAGCCGCCUCAGGAAAAGUAACGUUUACCAAUGAGACCUCUGGCCUACGGUGGAGGCCCCCACCUGGCACUCAAGGACUCACUAUGAGUUUUGUCUCUGGAGCAGGACUCUGUCUGGUAGGCCCUCAUAUGUUGCCCCCUACCUCCCUCCAAGAGAUCUGUAAUCAGACUCUCACCAUAGAUUCCAAAAGUUACACAUAUGCUUUGGCCCCCUCGGACGCCUACCUCGCCUGCUCCACAGGGUUAACUACCUAUAUAGAAAUAACAACUUUCCUAGACAAAAAGGACUAUUGUGUGCUUAUCAACUUGCUGCCCAGGCUUACUAUAAGAAGCUCUGAUGAUUUUCAAAGAAUGUGGAAUCCUGACCUCUCUGCCCCCUCUAGGAAUAAGAGAGAGCCCAUAACUACUCUUACAUUAGCCUUAAUAACGGGGUUGGGUGUGGCAGGAGCAGGCACUGGCGUAGCUUCCCUUGUCACCUCUAACCAACAAUACGCUCAGCUUAGCUUAGCAAUAGACAAAGAUCUACAAGAGUUACAGUCAGGAAUGCAGAACCUAAAGGACUCGGUUUCUUCACUUUCAGAGGUUGUAUUACAAAAUAGAAGGGGCCUAGAUUUAUUGUUUUUACAGCAGGGGGGACUCUGUGCAGCCCUAAAAGAAGAGUGCUGCUUCUAUGCAGACAAGACUGGAUUAGUAGAAAACAGCUUGCAGAAAGUACGAGAAAGCCUGGAACAAUGUAAACGAGAGAGACAACAG